AGGACUACGUUAAACUGACAGAUAUGUAUGUGGACAAGUGAAUGUCUGGCAUAAAGACUAUCUACUGUAGUCGACUAGCGUGUAAACAGGUAAAAUGCCACGUGACAGAAGUGACGAGGACCGUUACCGACGUUCAUCAGAUCAUUCCCGCCGUCAUCAUGAAAGGAGGGAUGAAAGAAAAUCGCAUCACGAGAGUCACAGAGAAAGGAGUUCAUAUUCAGAACGUUCUCAAAGAGAGGAUUACGAAAGACAUGACUCUUCUUCAAGACGACGUGACUCUAAUCACAGGCACAGAUAUGAUGAAAGUAGUUCACGCUAUGAUGACACUAAGCAUGAAUAUCGUAAAGAGAGGGAAGAUGGAACAAGAAACAAGAUAAAAUCCUCUUCCAGGAGCAGUCCAGAGCGCCACCGUGAAAGAAGGCCUAGUCGAUUCUCGGAUCUACAUGUACGGAAGCCAUCUUGGAAUUUCUAUGGUUACACAUCAGAUGAUAUUAAGGAUGCUGAAAAAUUACAAAAGGAGAGAGACACAAGUACUUCUAAUAGUGGUGGUACUGUUAUCUCUACUGGUUUACGAGCGUCAUCUGCUUUCACUGGCAGUUCAUCAAAUCAGAAUUUGGAACAUCAAGAUCGGACACAGGAGGAGAUGAAACGAACAGACAAACAGAGAUCUGAGGAACAAGGAAAGCCAGAAACAGAGACUUCUUCAGUUGCAUGGUCAUUCGACUGGGAUCGUCACCGCUAUGAGUUGGAUAAACUCUUCUUUGAUGAUGAUGGUGUCCUAAAAAGGGGGAGUUCUGAUUAUGGUGACUUUUGGUCCUUUUUUGAGCGAUACCAGUCAUUCCAGAGCAAAAAACAAGCAAGAUUAGGUAGUCAUAAAGCCAAAAAAACAGAAGAGGACAAGCAUGCCAAGACUGGGAAGCUGAAACUUCCACGGACCUUUGACAAAAGACACAGCAUCAACCUAGAGAUGACUGUCCCCAGCAAGCACACCUUGAAAUCCUACAGUCACGUGACAGCAAGUGGAGAAGAAAAAGAUGAGUUGACAUCGGAAAGAGUCUUGGAAUUCAAGAAAGUGCUUCUGCUCUACUUGGGCUUCAAUCAGAAACAACAGUUCAACAAGGUGGUGAAGUUACGCAAGGAUCAGUGUAACCUUCCCAUAGCCAAGUACAGAGAAACAAUCGUUGAAGCUGUCCGCAAGAACAGUGUUGUGAUAGUUGCAGGAGACACAGGAUGUGGCAAGUCUACACAGGUACCUCAGUACCUAAUGAGUGCAGGCUUUGACUCUGUUGCUGUGACCCAACCCAGACGUAUUGCCUGUAUCUCAUUAGCAAAGAGGGUCGGGUACGAGACCCUCCAUGAAUACGGCUCCCAGGUCGGAUACCAGAUUAGGUUUGAGACGACCAAGACUCAGGCCACCAAACUUCUCUUCCUCACUGAAGGACUCCUCCUUCGUCAGCUUCAGUUGGAUCCGGUGCUCUCACAGUACAGUGUGCUCAUCUUGGAUGAAGUCCACGAGCGUCAUCUCCAUGGUGACUUCCUCCUUGGUGUCCUCCGGUGCAUGAUGGAGCAGAGGGAUGAUCUCAAGCUGGUUCUCAUGUCGGCUACCAUCAAUAUCAAUCUCUUCUCAAAUUAUUUCAAAGAUGCACCUGUCAUUCAGGUGCCAGGAAGGUUGUAUCCUAUACAAGUUGAAUAUGUGCCUAUCAAAGAAUCAGAGCAGGGCAGCAAGUCAGAGAGACUGGAUGCCCGACCCUAUCUCCGUAUCAUGCAGCGCAUAGACCACAAGUACCCAGACUCUGAGAGGGGAGAUCUACUAGUCUUUCUGAGUGGUGUGUCUGAGAUCUCAAGUGUAGUAGAGGCAGCUAAGAUGUACGCCAGCCAAACCAACCGAUGGAUUGUUCUUCCGCUUCACAGCUCGCUCUCGGUCGCUGAGCAAGAUAAGGCCUUUGACAUAUCACCAGAGGGAGUGAGAAAGUGCAUCGUAUCAACAAACAUUGCGGAGACUUCUGUGACAAUCGAUGGCGUUCGAUUCAUCGUUGAUUCAGGAAAGGUUAAAGAGAUGAACUACAACUCACAGGCUAAGAUGCAGCAGCUGCAAGAAUUUUGGAUCAGUCGAGCCAGCUCCGAACAGCGCAAAGGUCGAGCAGGGCGUACGGGACCUGGGGUGUGUUUCAGACUUUACGGCGAGGAUGACUACGAUGCUUUUCAAGCCUACUCCACGCCAGAGAUACAAAGAGUUCCUCUAGAUUCCCUUCUGCUUCAGAUGGUAGCAUUGGGUCUUAAAAGACCUAGAGAGUUUCCAUUCAUCGAGGCCCCUCCUGCAAACAGCAUCGAGAACUCAAUCACAUUUCUGAAGGAGCAAGGAGCCCUUUCUGAGAAGGAGAAACUUACCCCUGUUGGUCGUAUGCUGUCACAGCUACCUGUGGAUGUCGUCAUCGGCAAGAUGCUUAUCAUGGGAACCAUCUUUAAGAUGAUUGAUCCUGUGUUAUCAAUAGCUGCUGCUCUCAGUGUACAAUCCCCAUUCACAAGCAGAGCUCAUAGAGAUCAUGAUGCUAUGAGUGCCAGAAAAUCCUUAGAGUCAGAUCACGGCGAUCCCUUCACUCUACUCAAUGCAUAUGAUGAAUGGAUACAGAUGAAAGCAUCCGGAGGUUCAUCAUCUCGUAAAUGGUGUAAGAGGAGAGGAUUAGAGGAGCAGAGGUUCUAUGAGAUGUCCAAACUCAAGAAACAAUUCAAAGAACUCUUAGAUACUAACAAUCUUCUUGGUAUGAAAGAUGCGAGGCGAGAGUACAGCAGCCUGGAGCGCCAGUCUAGGAAUCGAGAGAGAAAGAGGUUGAGAGAGCUGAAGAGGAAGACUCAGAAUUCAUCCAAAAAAAGGAAACUUCUCAAACUAGAGAACGAGGAUUUUGAUGACAGUGAUGAAGAUGAAGAAAGUGAUGAUGAUGCUUCUAAGCUCCAAGAUAUCCAGUUCAAGCUGUCUCAUGAUGUGACAGAGAUGGAGGCCAAGUCUAACAUGAACCGGAGUCUGUUGAACCGAGAGAUCAACCUGUUGAAGGUGAUACUGUGCAGCGGGCUUUAUCCUCAACUUGCCAUUGCUGAUGACUGUAACUCGUACCGAAAGGAAUCCGAUCAGGUCUUCCAUACAAAGGCCAAGCCAUUUGUCGUUCUUCACCCCACUGGAAUCUUUGCUACUAACCCUGACGUACUGGAACCUCCAGAUGGGGACACGCUACCAGAGGAAACAACUGGAAAGAGAGGGGCGCUGAGUGCCAAACAUCAACUUCUUUCUUACGUGUCUCUACUGGAAACCAACAAGCCCUACUUGAUGAAUACUAUGAGAGUACCCGCCUUACAAACCAUGUUGCUCUAUGCCAGGAGUCUGGAUACAAACCAACAAUGCACUAGGCUGAUUGUAGAUGAAUGGUUAGAGUUCUGCUUUGCUGAUUCCGAGGCUGCAGAGGACAUUCUACCGGUCGUCCUCCAUCUGAGAGCUACGUGGAUCAAAGUCCUGGAGAUGAGGCUGAAAGAAUCUCAGAGGAGUCUCAACUUUGGAGCAGCGGAUCUGAGAGUCGUCCACCUAGAGCGUCUGCUGGCCAGGAAGCUGGCUGAAUACCUUUCCAGCCAUGUCGAAUAUACCAUGAGAAAACUCGGUGCUACUGAUCUCCAACACCUCUACAUAGGCUCCUCAGGUGGACUGCUCAAGAGUUCUGAUGACGAGUUCUUCAGUACCUUCAGCAAGGAUUCUGAGCCUCAUCCAACUAAAGGGGGGUGGAAGGUGACCGACUUCAUGACGUAUGGCUGGUAA